AUGCCGGAUCAGCUCAAAGCAUCACUGGAGAAUCUGACCCGACAAGUAGAAGAUUUGCGCCAAAAGCACAACACGUCAGUUCUCACAAUGUCCAACAGCCUCGAAGAGCUCACUGCAAACUUUGCAAGAGACAUUCCGAUCCCAAGAGCAAGCCCUCCCGGAGUCCAAGGCGUCAACAAGGAUAUCGGAGAUGUGACAGCGAAGCUACUUACCAACGAGCAACGAGUGCAGGACCUCGCACAGACUGUGCAGCAAAUGCAAGAUAGCAACCGUGAUAUCAUGACGAAGCUGGAUCUGCUGAUUGCCCGUCCCCCUGUGGUGGAGAGCCACGUGCCUUCCUCCCAAACUUUCCCAUUCGACAGCAAGGAGGAGGCAGGGAUGAGGGGCAACUUGGCUGCUGCCGAUGGAGACGAGGUACAUGCUGGUAACUGUCAGGACACGAGCCCACAGCUGAAACCGCUGCUGCGUCCUCCAGAGCAGCAACAAGAACUCGGCGAGAGAGCUGCUUCCAGCUGUGACCAACGACCGCGUUCACCUAUUCUGGUCAGCGACGACGAAGACCAACAAGCAGGGAGCUCCAACGACCACUCUCAGCGUAUAACAACAUCCCGCAGUUGCUGCCCAGCAGGUUCAACUUCUUCUGGUAGUCGCCUCCCUCUGACGUCUUGCCGCUGUCAAUCAGAUCCUUUCACAAGCUCGUCAGCCCUCAGAGUCUGGCCAGCAGCCGCUAGUCCAGACGCUCGGACGCAAGGGUUGUCGCUUGCUGGGCCAGCAGCUGCAGGCGACAGCAAAGCAUCGAUAAAGAGUGAAGGGCGGCAGGGACAGGCAUUCCACACGCCACAGACGGGCAGGAUGGGAUCUGGAUUUGGUGUGAGCAGCAGCUCGCCACAAAGGGAGAGAGAAGCGCUCAGGAGCCGAGUCACUGGGAGGAAACGGGAAAGGCAGAUCGACUCUCAGAAGGAGACAGAAGCGACAGGAUCAAGCUCAUCCUCCUCGCAAGCUCCUGGGGCUGCUCCUUGCAAGCGAAUCAGAACUCCAACAGAACGGUUUGUUCCUCAGCCUACAAGUCACUAUCAACGGGCACCCCCAAGACCCCGCCGGCAACCGCUAGACGAGGCCAUGGUUAAGAAGCUUGAUGCGAAAGAAUUGAUGCUCCUACUGCUACAGUGUUACAUGAGGGCAAGGACAAAUCACAUAAGCUGCGAUGAUUUCAAAGAGCAUGUAUGGACGGAGAGCUUGUUGGAGGUGUGGAAGACGAGGAUUCAGAGUGUGCUUCCUUCAGCAUUGAUAGAUACCCUCAGGGAUCAGAGGUCCUCUGUCGUCGCGUGCCAAUUCGUCGAUACGAAAGAAAAUCGGGCGAGUUGGUACAUUGGGAAAGUGAGUUCAGACCCUCACCCGCAGCGGAUCCGAGUGGCGUUUACGGAUGGGGAUGUGCAGGAGUAUGACCUGAACCAAGAGGUGCGGUCGAUGGGAGAUGCCCCACGGGAGGAGGAGGAUUCGGAAUGCUUCCAAGUCUUUCUUGACGCUGAGAUGGCAAAGCUGGAAGAGUUCGAGCCGGAGGUCCGGGCGUUUCUGGUCAGUGGCACCUUGUUCGGCUGA